AACAUUUAAUAAUCGUCUAUAUCACUAGUUGUUACAAUGUCUGAUUCGGAAGACGAAGACCGUAAAGUUCGAGAUUUCAAAGAAAUUUCAGAAGAAAUAGAACGAUGUAAAAGAAAUCCUGAAACUUCUGGAAUGUUUGUGUCUGGUUGGGAUGACGCAGAUCAAGAUGUAAAUCUUGUAAAAAAUCCCAAAGAGAAUCCAAUCGAUCACGUUUUGUGGGCUGCUGAAAAUGGGGAACUAGAAACCCUUCGAGAACUUGUAAUCAAACAACCAGGAUUGGUUCAUGCAAGGGAUUCUGAUGGUUAUACACCACUACAUAGAGCUGCAUACAGCAACCAUGUAAAUGUGAUAUCAUACCUACUUAGUGUAGGAGCUAAUGUUGGGGCUAAAACUGAACUUGGCUGGACUCCAUUACAUUCUGCUUGUAAUUGGAAUAAUUAUGCUUCUGCUGCUAGAUUGUUAGCUGCUGGUGCUAAUCCAGGGGCUUUAUCUGAUGGAGAACAAACACCUUUGCAUUUGGCUGCAGCAAUAAGUCACUGUAAAUCAACAUUGCUUGUCUUGUUCAUAAGAGAAGAUGUGGUGGAAAUAGCUCGAAGACCUAACAAUUCAAAAGAAACUCCAGAACAACUUGCUCGUGGCCAUGGAAUUUAUGCACCUCUAUUUGAAAUGGUUUUACCAGCAGCUUGUUUUAUUCGUUCUUUAUCCUUCACUUGCAAUCCACAUAUAAGAAGUACUUAAAUACUUGAAGCCAUGGCACUAAAGACACAAUGAUUAAAAUAAAUAAUUUUAUUAAUAAUAACAUCUAUGGCUUAAUAUAAAAUUAAUAUUUUUUUAGUAUUGAAUUAUUUUACAUUAUGUAGGUAUAUGUAAGGAUACAAACAUAUAUCAAUAUAAAUAUAGCAAUUGCAUCAAUCUGUAUAAAAAAUCAUAUACAGUGAUGUUAUUUAUAUUUAUCAACAUCAACAAAAUAAUUAUAGUAAAUCUGUCAUUGGAACAUUAACAUGGUCAUAAUAAUAAUUCAAAGUACACUGACCACUGUAGUUACAGCAUUAUUUGUUACAUGUAAUUGUGGAAUGAUAAAAUUUAUAACACACAAAUGUAAGAGACAAGACACAAAGGUGUUAACUGACAGUGUUACCACAACACACAAUGCUCUUUGUGUUCAGUUUAAAUUACAAUGAACAUGUAUCAAGGAGUAAUUGCAAAAUUAAUGAAGUAAAAGUGAAAAUGUGCUGUUAAAACAUAACAUUUAUUUAAAUGGAAAAAAUUUUAAAACUAUACAUUUGCGUGGCCAACUACAACACUCACUAUUCAGAGAGUGUAUUGUUAAAAAACAGCUUAGCUCUAGCCGAGGGAUUUUUUUAUUGGUCCACAGCACAGGCACAAACUAUACUGCUUUGUUACUUACAAUUUUGUGGAUUGAAAAAUUUUAUACCCUAGUAGGUAAUCAAGGUAUUUCUUUCAUAUGAAUAUAUAUCUUUAUAUAUAUAUAAAUAUUCUGUACUUGUGUAUAUAGCUGAACUCAUCCUAGAUCGUUGGACUGAUUUAAAUGAAAUUAUUUGAGUGGAUCUCUAGAUUGUUAAGUUUGGACCUAGUCUACUACUGGGAUCCUAUCAUUAGGAAGUAAAUAAAAUUGUAUUUAACCUAGACCAUCAGGGCUAGGGGUUCGAAUGGACAUAUAUAUAUUUCUGUUACUAAAUUGAGUUGCUAAGUAAAUAUAUUUAAAAGUUUAUGUAUGAGUUGAAGAUUAGAAAGAAAAAUGAAUAACUUUCAAAACAAAGAUAAUACAAAAAUUAAAAUCAUUACAAUAUCACUGGAAACUGAUCUGUACUAUAGAGGCCCUCCAAAAUAAAUUACUUAAAUAAUAUUUUUCCUCUAACAUUUCUUAGGAUCUGUAUAACUUUACCAUUGUAAUCUGACAAAUUGUAAUAUUUAGAUACAAUAAUAAAUCUAAUCUUAAAAAAAAA